AUUAUCAUGAACGUAAAAGACCUCGCCAAAUGGCCGAAAAGGAGCAAGAAUGGACAAAAAGAAGCGAUUCCUUCCGAAGUUCUCCCGUCGUUUGCAUAUUUGCUCAGCUGAUGUGGGACUGACAUGGUGUGAUACUAAUAUUUGUCAACAAAAAAGGUGCUACAAGCCAUGUAUCACAGCAAACUAGCGACAAAAGGGAAAGAUAGUGAUCGGGACAAGACAUGGCUGCCUUGCUCGUCCUAGCGGCUCUUUGCGCCUCAGCACUCGCACAGUACCAGGGGAAUAAAGUGGUGCGAGUAAUACCACAAGACGAGGCCGAGAUCCAUGUGAUAAGUGAACUACGAAACCACAAAGAUAUUAAGGUCGACUUCUGGGCGCCGCCCUCUAGGCCACGACACCCUGUGGACCUACACGUAACGGCGCAUGCGUACAAACGCCUGGCCAGGCACCUCAGCGCCAACAGAAUUCCAUUCACCCUGCAAAUACCAGAUGUUCAGAGACUGGUGGACCAGCAAAAAAUGGCCACUGCCGGACGAGCGAGCGCGAGCUGGUACAGUACGUACCACACGCUAGACCAGAUCUACGCCGAGUUGAAGAACCUGUACAACACGUACUACAGGAACGGAAAUGUGCGAGUGUUCACGGUCGGUAAAUCGUACAAUGGCAAAGAUCAGAAAGCUAUUGAGAUCAAAGGUAAACGCGCAAGAAACAAGCCAGUGUUUUUCAUGAACUGCGGCAUUCACGCGAGAGAAUGGGUCUCCCCUGCCACGUGUAUGUACAUCGCCAAGCAGCUGUUAUCGAGGUACGGCAAAGAUGCGAAUGUGACGUCUGUUUUGGACAAGAUGGACUUUGUCAUCAUGCCCGUCUUAAACCCGGACGGCUAUGUGUUCACAUGGGAACGGCAACGUUUCUGGCGGAAGACACUCAAGCCGAAUAGCGGUACUUUUUGUGUGGGUACAGACCCAAACCGCAACUGGGACUACAAGUGGGGAGCCGAGGGCGCCAGCACGGAUCCAUGCGCGGACGAUUAUCGAGGACCACACGCCUUCUCCGAGAUCGAAGUCGUAAACGUGGCGAAGUACUUGAAAAAACUGGGCGACCGUAUAAAGGGAUAUAUGGAUAUCCACGCAUACAGUCAGUUCUGGAUGAUCCCCUGGGGACACACCCAAACACCCUCAAAAGAUUACCAAGAACUGAUGCGAGUGAGUAAGGCAGGUGCUGAGGCAAUCCGCAGCUCCGGUGACAACACUGUCUACAAAGUGGGUCCCUCAUCUACCGUUAUCUACGUCAACUCGGGCGGCAGUAAGGACUACACAUACGGCGCGCUCGGCAUCAAGUACUCGUUUGCCCUCGAGCUGAGAGACACUGGGAAGGAAGGCUUCCUUCUUCCCCCGGAGCAGAUCAUCCCUACAGCUCUAGAGACCUUCAACGGGGUUAUUGCCGCGGCUAAAGAGAUGGAAGUAUAGACGGGCUCUUAACAAUGCAAUAAAGUAACAAGUAUACUUG